AUGACGCGGAGGAUUGUUCUGGUGGCCACCUUCGUCUUUUUUUGUAAGUUUUUAAUUUUUCAUUAUGGGUCCCACGUGAUUUGCAUUCUUUUGGAAUGGAAUACACAGUUUUUGGGCUUUUAUGAGUCAGGAAUUUAUUCAUGCGAAAAAAUUGUCUUAUUUUUUAGUAAAACUAAAAUUUUGGGAUGAGUUACAACGCAAAUCAGCUGAAAGAACGAGGUUCCGGUAAAACUGUUAACCAUGUAACCUUGUCAUUAUUAUUUCAGAUGGUUUCGUAACGUCCGAACCGCUCUAUGAAUACGAAAUCGGACUUCUACAAAAGACUUUGGAUAAAAACAGUCAAGAUAAUGUUGUCAUCUCCGGAUUUUCCAUUCUAAAUGGUCUGGAGUUAGUUUAUCGAGAUGCUCAAGGACAAACAAGGCAGGAAUUUCUCGAUCUCAUUGGGAAAGGUAAGUUUUUUUAUCACGGAUAACUCCGAAUUUAAUUUUUAUUUACUAAAUAUUGUCUUUCCAUAAGCUAGGAAAGUUCCUUUGCAUCUAUUCAGUUAUGUUUUACAGGUUCAUCAUCUACUCUGGUUUCCCAAAAGACCCGGGCGCUUCAGCAACUUGAUGGACGGAAUUUGACUUUGAAAUUGGCCAACAAAGCGUACAUAUCGGCUAAAAUAACGAUCAAAAAAGAGCAUACAAGGGACAGCAGAGAUGAUCUAAUCGAACAGUUAAACUUUGAGGACUCCAAAAGAUCCACAGACCUCAUUAACGGGUUUGUGAAUUUCACAACCAAUGGUCUCAUCGACAAGAUUGUAACCCAAGAUGAUGUCAACUCGAAUACGAAGUAAGUGGGUGUUUUGGUUUUAUUAAAGUUUUGAAACUUUUAAUUAUCUAAUACCUCUUUUCAAGCCUUGUCAUGGUGAAUGCCCUUUAUUUCACUGGAGAAUUUGCCUCAAAGUUCAAUAAGAACAAGACCAAGAAUCUCGUAUUUUAUCCAAAAGCUGGAGUGGACAAAGAAGUGCCAACCAUGUACAAGAAAGCCCCUUUUCCUUAUAAAUCAACCGCAGAAGCAGACGUUGUGCAUGUUUUAUACAAGGGAAAUGCUCGAUUAGUAUUGGUGGUACCCAAAGAAAAGUUCGGAUUAGACAAAUUGGUAAAAGAAUUGGAUUCAGAGAAGUUGAAGGGCUAUCUGAAUGGUCUGGAAUCACGGGGAAUUGAGGUAUGCUUUUUAAAUAUUUUGGACGAUAUAGUAACGAUAUUUCCAAUGUACGAAAUUGUCUUCUUUUCAGCUUUUCCUUCCCAAAUUCAGCAUCAGUUUUGAAGAUGACGUAAGAGAACAGUUACAAUCUCUCGGCUUGAAGAAGGGUUUCAGCCCGGAGGCUGAUUUUGGUGGAUUAACGGAUCAGAAAGUUCCAAUCGACAAAGUCAAUCACAAAGUUGUCUUCAAGGUGGGCGAGUAGAAGACUAUUGAUUAGGAAUUUGAUUAUUUUGCAAACUAAAAUAUUUUAAUUUCAGACCGAUGAAGAUGGCACCGUUGCAGGGGCCUCAACCGCAGUCGUCUCUUCCCGAUCCUUCUCGCCGGUCGUUAAUGCAGAUCAUCCGUUUUUAUUCUUCGUCGUUGCCGAUGAUGAGAUCAUUUUCAGCGGAACCCUCAGGGAUAUCGAGUAA